GGAGGUUCAUUGAUGGUCUUAGUAUAUCAGAAGAAGGAGAAGUCCAGAAGAUAGUGGAAAAAGAAUUCACUGCUUGGUUCAAAAAUACGAUGGCUUCAGGUGAGGAGCAGCCUAAUAGAGGGUUGAUAAAAAAUAUUUUUAACAGGCGCACUAAGAAGACUACAAUUGGACCACAUAGGUCACUACGUACUGAGGAGACCACCUCGGCUCAGCCUGCUACACAGUCUCAGCCUGCUACACAGCCUCAGCCUGCUACACAGCCUCAGCCUGCUACACAGCCUCAGCCUGCUACACAGCCUCAGCCUGCUACACAGCCUCAGCCUGCUACACAGCCUUUACCCACUCCUGGAGCCAGUAGCCCGCAGUUCUACUCACCGGACCUUCGAUUUCCUUCACCAGAUCUCGGGCAGGCUACUCCUUUCUACCCAUACUUCACACCCCCACCUUAUGCUGGUGCCCCUCCUACUUAUCCAUUUCCACCAUAUGCUCCACCAUACUAUCCCCCACCACCCCAUCAGCCUGCUACAACUGGACCUUCGACAGCAGCUGGACCUUCGACAGCAGCUGCAGCAGAGCAGCAGACAGAUGGUAGAAUGUUGAUAGCACCUGAGGGUGACACGUUCUAUCCAUCAAAACAACCAACACAUAAAAUACGGGACAUCAUACGGAGCAGGUUUGACGCUCCUUAUGUUUCUUGGAAGAAAGUCCCAAAAGAAGUCCGGGAGAUGUGGUUUAGAGAGUUUGAGAAAGAGUUUUGUUGGCUGCCCCAACACAAUGACAAGAUUAGAAAGAAUUUUGAGAAGCGUGGCUCUACUCGGAUGCGCGACAUGUUCACAGAUGUUAGAAAGGUUGGGAAACGACCAUUGUGGAUUGGAGAGGAGAUAUGGGCUGAGUUGAAUGCAGCUUGGGGCAGCGAAGAGUACACUAGGAGGAGGGAUCAAAAUCGACAGAACAGAGCUUCUGAUGUUGGGGGCUUAGGUAGUGCACUUCAUACAGGAGGCUCCGUUCCACAUACUGAGCACAGGCGUCGUUUGAAAGCGUCACUUGGUAGAGAACCAACUCCUGUGGAAUUGCAUAGUCGCACUCAUAAGCGACAGGAGGAUCAACAAUGGAUUGAUGAGAGAGCAAGGAAGGCCCAUGAGGAAUAUACACGGAUUCGAGAGACUCAUGCCGCAUCAGGUGAGGGCUCUUCUGGCGGCUCUGUGGAGUAUUCUGAGUAUCGCAUGUGGUCGCAGGCCGUCGGAGGAAUGCAGCAUGGUAGAGUAUAUGGCUUAGGUGCGCAAGCUCAGGCAUACGAGGGGAUGACCUCCUCUACUGCAUCCAGCUUCGCAUCCAGUUCGCAUGAGUCCUUACAAGCUCAACAAAUAAUUGCCCUUCAAGCUGAGCUAGAACAAGUAAGGAAAUCACAAGUUGAUUGGCAAGCUCAGCUGCAAGCACAGGUUCAAGCUCAGCUGCAAGCACAGGUGCAAACAAGUACGGAGCAACACAAUCAGUUGCUGGAUGAAAUGCGCAAGAUGAGGGAGCAACUGAGUGGAAAAGACGUAGCUCCACCUGAGGAGGAGUCGACGGAGUCAGAGUAGUGUAAUUUAGUUGAAAUGAACUUGUAUUUUUAUGUGAACUUAUGUUAUUGGACAAUUACUUUUAAUAUGAUGUUAUCAGUUGAUUUUUAGUGCUAAACUGUUGUGAAACUGUUAUAAAUUAUUGUGAAGUAACCUGUUGUGGAACUUGUAUGUGUUAGAAUUGAUAGGUUUGCAGGUGUGGAAAUGGGAU